GAUAAUGGAGGAAACUAGAGAAUGUGAUGAUAAGAGGAAGGAGGGCAUAGUUUCUACAAGUAGCAGAUGUGGUAAUGCCAUUCUCAAGACAGUCUGUUUUCAAGGGCGGAUGACAGGUCCAACAAGACGAUCAGCAAAAGGAGGAUGGACAGAGGAGGAGGAUAAAAUAUUAGCUUUUGCUGUCCAAAAGUUCAGUGGCAAAAACUGGAAAAAGAUUGCCGAAUGUGUCCCUGGUAGAAGUGACGUUCAGUGUCUGCAUCGUUGGCAGAAAGUUCUCAAUCCUGAUCUCGUUAAAGGACCUUGGAGCAAGGAGGAAGAUGAUCUUAUUUGUGAGCUGGUAGCAAAGCAGGGGAAAAAGAAAUGGUGUGAGAUAUCAAAAUCCUUGCCAGGCCGGAUAGGCAAGCAAUGUAGAGAAAGGUGGCACAACCAUUUAAAUCCGGAUAUAAAAAAGACUGCAUGGACCAAAGAAGAGGAGUCGAUUCUCAUUAAUGCCCACCAAAUGUAUGGAAACAAGUGGGCUGAAAUAGCAAAGUUGCUACCUGGAAGGACUGAAAAUUCAAUAAAAAAUCAUUGGAACUGUUCAGUUGCGAAGAAAGUAACAGUUUUAUCUUCUGAUUUGUACACUCGUGAAGCAAAGGCAGAAAGUAGAAAGCCUAAGGAGGUUAAACAAAUUGAUGAUCAGAAAGUUAACUGGGAGGGAAGUGCAGAUAAUUGUUCACUAGAUUUGGUUCUUGGAAUUGCUCAGGGAAAGGAUAGCGAUUCAAAACUACCUAGAAAAAAUGAUAAAACAAAACUACCUAGAACAAUUUUUGAUGAUGGCAGUGCAGCUUCCCCCAUUCAUCAAGGAAAUUUUCAAAAAAUAAUUCAUGAGACUUCCGAAGCACUUUCUGGAACCUUGCAACUCUCUUUAAGUACACCAUCAGAUGUUCCUAGUUGUAAUAAAACAACUAGUAAUUUCCAUCAAGGGCCAGCUUUUCCUGAUUCUGGUAAGAGAUUGUCUGAAUCUUUUUCUGAACCACAAUACAAUGUAUUUUCUGGAGAUUACUUUGAAAAUGGGAAUUCCAAAUUGAGUGGCCAAUUUAAAAAUUCCCUUUCAUAUGGGAUGACGCCUGAUUUUCAUAAGGAAAAUAAAGUUGUUGGAGCUGCUGAGGAUACAAUUCCUGGUCGCUUGUGCUAUAGGCCACUCCAAUGGAAGGAUUUAAAUAUUCUUUUGAAAACUGACAGUUUUCCGGACACAGAUAGUUAUAUCCAAACAACAUCAAGUCCAACUUUGUUCCACACACCACCAACCCAGAAUAAAGGAGUAAAUGUUGAUUGUAGCAGUCUAGAUUCUAUAUUGAGGAGUGCUGCAAGGACUUUUAAUACUCCAUCUAUCAUAAGAAAACGAAGACUUCAAAUUUCUGAGAAAAUUGACAAUGUCAAUCACAAUGACUAUAACUCCAAAAAUGGUGGAAGUCUCUCAAAUGAGAAGCAACUUGUACUGCCUCCUCUGAAGUCUCAGAAGCUUGGAACAUCUGUGGUAAAAUCUAUAGAAAAAAGCCUUGAACAUGCAUUUGAUGCUGAGUGGGAUUCUGCCAAUAUUGUUUCUAGAACUACGGUUGCAGAUGAUUCAUUUGGCGCCAAUUGUGGUAAAUAG